AUGAAAAUGAAUAAUGAUAAAAAAACUAGCAUUGAGCAAGUUAUGAGUGAUUAUUUAAUAAAUUUAAGUCAGUUUUAUAAAAAUGGGCAAUCAUUAACUGAACAAGAUAAUUACAAUAAUAAUGAUAAAAAAAAAAAUAAAAAAGAUGAAAAAAUUAAUAUAUCAUCACAUAAUAAUAUAUUUUUAAAAUAUAGAAAAGAUAAUAGUAAUAGUGAAUAUAGUAGAACUAGCAUUUCUGACGAUUUAUGUGAUAUAGAAAAUAAUAAAUCAGCUUAUUAUGAACAAAUAAUGAAUAAUAUAUUUCCAUUUAAAGAAAGAAAAAUUUUUUACAAUAUUCAAAAAAUAAUAAAAGAUGAAAAUAGUUAUUUAUAUGCUGAAUUAGAUGAAUAUUUAUAUUGUUAUUUAUACAUAUUAGCUAUUAAAAAGACAUUUUAUGAUAUUAUUGCUCAAAAAAAAAUAGAAUAUGAAAUUGAAAAGUAUAAUGAAAAUAAAAAAAAAAUACAAGAUAUAUAUAUGUUUAGUCCAAACAAUGAGGAGCCAUCUCUUAAUAUUAAUGGGAAAUAUUUAAGUUGCAAAAGUUUAGAAAAUUACACAAAUUUAGAAAAUUACAAAACGUGGAAAACUUCUAUAAAGCAUGAAGUAGUUCAAAGAAAUUUUCCAAAUAAUAUUAAAACGGAAUAUGAAAAUGAAGAAAUAAAUAAAAUAGAUAAAUAUAAAAUACCAUCAAAUGAGUCGUUAACAUAUAAUUCACAUUUUAAUGAAGUUGGCAUAAGUAGACAAAAUAUAACUUGCAAUAAUAAUAAUGAACAUGAUGAAAAUUUAAAAUAUGAUAAUAUUUCAAAUACAAAUUCUUAUGAAAACAUAAAUAAUAAAACUAAAAGUAUAAUAUUCGAAAAAGAAGAUAAUAAUGAUAUUAAAAAAAUUAAAAAAAUAAAACAAGAAAAACGUCAUGAAAAAAAACAAAAUGAUCGAUUUAAUAAAAAUUAUAUAAUAUAUAUAUUUGAAAUAUUAAAGAAAAACAAAUUAUAUUGGAUAAUCCCUUUGACUAUUAUUUCAUCAGUUUAUAUAUAUUAUAAAUUAAAAGAAACUGUAUAUUCAUUUGUAUAUAAUUAUUCUAUGAAUAUGUAUAGACAUAUGGUAAAUAUAUUCGCAAACAAUAAUUCAAACAAAAUUAAUAAUGGAAAUAAUAUGUCUAUAUAUAAGGAUUAUAAACAUUUUUUUCAUAAUAUUAACAAAAAUAAUAUAAAAACAAUAUGGUUUGAUCCGUCAAAUAAUACUUUUAAUUAUUUUUUAAAUAAAAAUCCAGGAAAAAAUACAAAUAUGAUUAUAUUUAAUCAACCCAAACCAUCAAAUAUUGAUAUAAAUAAUAAUGAUGUAAAUAAUAAUAUGCAUACAGUAUAUUAUCAUGAUUAUAUUAUGAAAUAUUUAUUAAAAAAUAAAAUAUAUGAAAAUGUAGAAAUAAAAUUAUAUGAAAAUAUAAAUAAAUCAUCAGUUUUAGAUAUUAUUAAAAGAUACUCAAUAGAUGUACUUACAUAUGUUUUUUCUUUAGGAUCAUUAUAUUAUAUAUAUGGAAAAAAAUUAUCACCAUUUAAUUUAGAUUGUAAAAUUGAGAAAAAAUAUAAUAAUAUGAAUUCUUUAAACGAAAUUGUGCUUAACUCUGAAACCAAAAGAGAUGUUAAAUCAAUUCUUUUUAUUAUGCAUUUUUCAAAAUUAUUUAUAAAUAUAAACAAUGAUCAUAUUUAUAUAAAUCAUCCUUCUAAUAGUUCUAUACUAUUUACAGGGGAAACGGGGACUGGAAAAACAUUGCUUGCUAAAACAAUAGCAAAAGAAUUAAAUGCAGAUUUUAUUCACAUUUCUGGAUCGAGUUUUAUCGAAUUAUAUAUAGGAAAUGGUGCAUCAAAAAUUCGAAAUUUAUUUAAAACUGCAAAAAAUAAUAAAAACCCAGUUGUUGUAUUUAUUGAUGAAAUUGAUAGUAUAGGACUUAAUCGAAAUGCAAAUGAUAUAUCAAAUAAUCAAAACCAUGAAUAUGCACAAACUUUAAAUCAACUAUUAAUUGAAAUAGAUUCAAUACAUGAAUAUAAUAAUGAACAACUCAUUUUAUCUUAUAUUGAUGGUAGUAUGUGUAAUGAUAAUAAUUAUGAAAAAACUCUUAAUUUUGUAAAAAAAAAAAUUUUUCAAUAUUUUUUAGAACAAAAUAAUUGUAAAUAUAAUAUAAAUAAAGAAAACAAAAUGUAUAAUUAUGAAGGAAGUUUUAAUGAAAAUGAUGGAUAUGAAAUGCUCCAAUAUUAUUUAAAUAAUAAUUUUAAUUUAAAAGAAAUAGAAGAUUUAUUUAAUUUAAAAAAAUUUAAAACAAAAAAAUAUAUAUUACUUAUAGCAGCAACUAAUAGAUAUGCACAUCUUGAUCCUGUAUUAAUUAGAUCAAAAAGAUUUGAUAAAAUUAUUCAUUUUAAAAUGCCAAAUUUAUAUACACGAAAAAAAUUGUUUGAUUUUUAUAUAGACAAAUAUAUUUCAAAGUCAAGUUCGAUAAAUAUUAGAAAAAGUCAAUUUGGGAAUCGAAUAAGUAGAUAUAUAUGGGAUGCCAAUACAGAAUAUGAAAAUAUAGAUACAAAAAAAAUAAAUAAUUCAAUUUAUUAUAAAAAAAAAUGUUUUAAUUCUUCAAAUUUUACUGAAAAAUGUUUUGAGAAAUAUAUUGGAUAUACAAACAUUCGUUCACAUAUACCAAUAUAUCAACAUAUAGGAAAUAAUAUACUAACUUUUAAACAAUGGCCUAUUUUUGGAAAAAAAUAUAACAAUAAUUAUAUUCAUUUCCUUAAAACAAUUAACAAAAUGAAAGAAAAAUAUAUGAACGAUUUUAUAGAUACAUACACAUUUUCUAUAUUAACACAUCUUUUUAAUUGUGCAGAUAUAGACCAAUUAAUAUCAUCUAUUAAAAUUAAUAAAUUUAAAAAAAACAAUCCAUAUAAAAUUACAAGAAAUAUGAAUAGUAUAUUAGCAGAAAGUAUUAUAUCUAUAUUGCAUAAAAAGUUUUUAUAUGACAAACAUGUACAUAAAAUUAUAAAUAGAAAAGAUUAUAUAGAAUAUAAUACACAAGCAAAUAACCCAAUUAAUAAUUUAAAUUUUCUUUAUAAUAAUAUAUAUUCUGAAAAAAAUUAUGAAAUCCAUUUAUCUAAAUUUGUAGAAUUUUGUGAUGAAAAAUGUUAUCAAAAAAUUUAUGAAAAGCCAUUUGAACCUAAAUUAACACUAGAUGAUUUAAAUUUUUUUUCAGAUUUUAAAAAAAUCCCAAAUAAUAAAUCUGUAAGUUCUGAAGAAUCAGAUUUUAUGCAAAAUAAUAAUUUUCUGUAUAUUCAUUCAAUUUUAAAAAAUGAUAAAAAUUAUCAUUUACCAAUGUUAUGGAAAUCGAUUGAACAUUUUUUUAUUUCGAUAUAUACCGAAUACACAUAUUUAAAAUAA